CACCAAAAAAGAAGAACACGAAGAAGAAGGCGUCAACAUGGCAACUUUAGAUGUCAUUGUGGAAAAGCUGGUGACACUUUGGAGGAUACCAGCCGUCCGACAAAAUUUUCCCUGGAUUUUUUUACUCAUUUCAGUCAUUGGAUCAGUUGUGAAACAGCUGGAGCUCGUCCCGCAGACAUAUUUCAGCAGCAGCAAAAAUGCCUUGAACGUGUACUUUGUCAAAUUGUCCUGGGGAUGGACCUUGCUGCUGCUGACACCCUUCCUCCUCCUCUCCAACUCCUCCUUCAGCAGGAGCGUGGUCUUCCUCAGUCGGCGGUUGCUGUCUCUCGUGGUGGCUACAGCGGUGUGGUACGUCUGCACAGGGGCCUUCUUCUACAUCGAAGACAUAACCGGCUCCUGUUUUGAAACUGACGCCAUGGAUGUCAUCAAGAAGGAGCUCACAUCCAAAGCCAGCUGCAGGCACGCCGGCUUCCGGUGGCAAGGCUACGACAUCUCAGGACACUCCUUCAUCCUGGCCUACUCCGCUCUCUUCAUCAUGGAGGAAACGGCUCCGAUGGCGUUCCUGAAGACAGCCAGUCUGUCCGCGCUGCCAAAGAUGGUCCUCAACCUGCUGUACGUGGCCUUGAAUCUGAUAGUGAUUAUAUGGGUGUGGAUGUUUGCCUGCACCUCUGUUUACUUCCACGACAUGUCUCACAAGUUGCUCGGGACCAUAUGUGGCCUGUUAGGGUGGUUUCUGACAUAUCGGGUUUGGUAUCUAAAACCUUUGUCUCCUGGACUCCCGCCUCAGCGCCAUCUACAAGAACAGAAACUACACGAAUAGGCUGUCGUCAUACUUUCCUACGCGACAUUGUAGCCAUUGUUGCAGCCUUCCCCAAAACAACACACUACACUUGUGUUACUUAUUGGUCUCUGGAUCCAAGCUGCCUGUGCUAUUUUAAGUUAUUCCCUCCUUGUAGAAAGGUCAUUUUGUUCAGGAUAAGUGGCGUGCGGUUCGUCCACAGUGUUUGGCAGCUGCUGUUCCCAAAAUGACUCUUGGUAAUAUGAGAUAAAAGCUAAAUGUUGCUCUGCUGUCCGGCUGUGCAGCUCGCAUGCUACACCAUUGUUCGUCUCAUAAUUUGUUGCCUUGAAAUGAUUUACUUUAAUGUGGAUGAAUAAUCACAGAUUUUAGAUGUGUGAGUGGGAAUACUUGAGAAUGUUUACAGCUCCAGUCGCGAAGCACUGGUUGACGAUGAUGUGUAUUUUUACAGGCCAAUGUGCAGUAGAUACUCUGUUUUUAUAGAAUCUAAAAAAAACCUUCAGAACAAAGUCAGAUCCGACACUGUAACUGCAGCAGACCUGCGUUUUACCAGAUUUUAAUGAGCUGUCCAUUUUUUUAAUCAUAUGUGGUUUGGGGUUAUUGUGACUUAGCAGCAACACAAUGUUAAGUUUUCUCAGAGGAUGUAGAGUUUGAUUAAGAAUAGCAGAUAUAUAAAUAUUUAUAAUUUCUCGUCAUACACGCACUCCAGUAGUAGGACAACCCUGCAAGUGCAAAUUAUUAUUAUUAUUAUUAUUAUUAUUAUUAUUAUUAUUAUUAUUAUUAUUUAUUAUUCAUGCCUAAUAGGACAAACCUGGAAAUAUUCAAUACUCAUUCUAUGAAAAGACCAGAAUUGAAUUUAUCCUUUUUGAGGCUGCAUUCAGAUGCUUUGGGGGUGCCAAUGGGGAGGAUUUCUACCCCAAAAAAUGUAGAGUUGUCCACAGUAACAAUGCAGCAUCAUCUGAUGAGCAAACAUGUUCAACAAGCAACACAUUCCUGGUAGACUGAUAAGCCUUUAAACCCAUGGAUCUGUUGCUCAAACCGGACUUUCCUGAUCAUAUCAUCCCUCUCCAAACACAGCACCUUUGUGUAUUUUCUGGUCUAAAAGCUCACUAACAAGUAUUGUCAAAGCCUUAUAUAUGCAUAUAUAUAUAUAUAUAUAUUUAUAUGGUAGCCUAUUCCUCUGUGACAUAGAGCUGCACUGUUGUCCGAAAUGAAUAAAAACACAAAUUAUA